AUGGCAAGAGCUCGUUCAGUAGCAAUAAUUGGUGGUGGAAUUGGUGGUUUAACCGUUGCUAAUGCUUUAAAACAAAUAGGAAUGUCUGUUUCAUUAUAUGAACGUGCACCUUAUUUUAUUCCAACUGUUGGAGCAGCAUUUGGUCUUCAACCUAAUGGACAAAUCUCGCUUGCACAUAUUGGUUUUAAAGAUCAAAUUGAAAAAAUUGUCAAUCCUAUUCAUAAAUGGCAGGUUAUUAAUGAAAAUUGUGAAGUAGUAGCUAAAACCGAUGAAUUACGUGAAUUUGGAAAACGAUUUGGUUAUUUUAUGGGUGGUGCUCUUCGAGCUGAACUUGUUGAUGUAUUAAAAGAACCUUUAGAAAAGAGUGGUAUUUUAUAUUAUUCUCAUAAUAUGACUAAUAUUAAACAAGAUAAAGAUGGUGUUACAAUUUCAUUUGAUAAUGAAAAACAACAAAAAACAGUUCGAGUUGAUAUGGUUAUUGGUGCAGAUGGAAUUCGUUCAACAGUUGUCAAACAAAUCUUUCCCCAAACAGCUCCACCAAUAUAUAUAAAAAAAAAUAUUUUCUAUGGUAUGAUAGAUAACAUCGAUGAACAAACAUCAAUCAAUCCAAUAGUAAGAGAGAAAAAUACAAUAACACAAAAUUUUGAUCAUGGAGAAUUUCUCACUUAUCCAGCUGGUGAUAAAGGACAAUGUAUGUGGGCUGUUCUUUAUUCAGCAGAUACACCUCCAUCCACUAAUGAUGAUGCUGAAUGGACAAAAAUGAAUAAUCAACAUGAAUUAAAUCAAUGUUUAGCAAAAUUUCGUCAAUCACAUCCUGUUCAUGAAUGUGCAGCAGCAACAGAUAAACAACGUUUACUUCAUUUUGGAUUAUAUUAUCGUCAACAUCGUAAUGAUGGUUGGCAUCGUAAUCGAAUUUGUUUACUAGGAGAUUCAUGUCAUGCAACAUUACCUUAUGUUGGGCAAGGAGCAAAUAUGGCAAUUGAAGAUGCUAUAUCACUUGCAACGUGUUUAGAAAAAAAUAAUUUUGAAAUGGAACCAGCAUUUCAAGAAUAUUAUAAAAAACGUUUUAAUCGAACAAAACGUGUUGUAAAUAUAUCACGCUAUAUGGGUUUAUUUUAUCAUUCAGAAAAUCCAAUUAUUCGUUCAAUAAAGCUGCCCGUGAUAUCAUGGUUAAUAAACUCUGGUAUGAUGUUGAAGAGUCUUGAAAAAGAAAUGUAUGGAAAUUGUCCUGUUCCUAUAGAACAAAAGAAUAUCGUUAAAUAA